ACAUUUCAAAUUAUGACAAAUUUGGUUGAAUUUUACAUUCAAUUAAAUUGCAUUUUCGAUUAAUAUGGCUGAAUAAAUAGUCAAUUAAUUGUAGUUUAAAAAAAAGUAUAUAGUAAUUUCACGAGGAAGUUGAAUUGAAGGAAGAAAUGGGCAAUCGUGGGAGUAAAGCACCAGGGAAUCAGGAAUUUUACUGUUUGAGGCAACAAGACAUCCGUGUUUUCGCCGAAAUUAGUAAAUCUCUCGAAGCUGAUUUAUCUCACUAUGGAACUGAAUUCUACACUUUGCUUUUCCAGAAUCAUCCCAAGUACUUGAAGUACUUUCAGCAAAGUAGCCCACACGAGUUUCAGGAGUACUAUACGCUAUUACGGUCGAAAUUCAGCCUGACUUGUAGUACUGUCGCAGCGCUGUUUUUAGACUACACGCACAAACCUCAACCCCGUGAGCACUUAUUGGGAUACAUCGCAAUGGUGCACAGGGAUAUGGAUUUGGAUCAGAAGGAUAUGGAAAACUUCAUGAUGGACUUCAUGCAGAUGUUGACCCUACAGUUUCCUAAGCAAAUGACAGGCGAGUGUUGUUUGGCUUACAUGAGAUACACAGCAUCUCUGGUAUCACGUAUAAAUGUCCUUAUGAAAAGGCAUCGAGAGAUUGGGAGGAUGAGCAGAGGAAAUAACCAAGCUAAAAAAAGAUGUCCAACAUUCGGAUGCUGCCGCCUGCCGAAUUGCACAUGGUCAUCUUUCAGCCAGCGCCAUCUUAUUUAUGGCCAUACUCCAGAAUACUGGGAAGCAAAGAGGCGGCAUUGGAUCGUGCAACGUACUGUAUGGGCGACGACAGAUGGAGAGGGACCCUCUCAGAAGCCACAGAAAGAUACGACCAAAAAAAGAAACAUUGUCAACAGUUCUGUGAGCUCAUUCAGCGGAGACAGCUCACCUAGUGACGAAAGCUGCGUUCGAGUGAUCAAAGAGCCGAAUAGCAUGAGCCAUGAAUGGUGGACAAGCGAUCAGGAGAUGAGUGAAAAGAUAACAAAAUCGAAUAGACAAGUUCGGAAGGAACGUCAACCAUUUAUGUUGUCAAAAGACGAUACGGCUGACACAGAAAAGAGGAUCGCUUCGACACGAAACGACUUGCAAUCCGAAGGGAAUAUUAGGAAUGUCGUGGAACCUGGAGAAACUGUGAUACAAGCUUUGAAGACUUCCAUGAAGACUACGAAUAGUGGCAAAGAUACCGAUUUCAAAGCUGAUCGUCAAACGAAACAGUCUAAUCGUAGAAACUUACGGCGGGUCUCUAUUGCUAAUUCCACACCCAGAGAAAGAAGACGACAGAGUCUACAAAAAGAUCCCAGUUUGGAAAGCCAUUCACAUAACAUCGAAGAGUUGAAAUACCCGAGGACACGAAGAUUGACAAUUCAGAGUGAUCCGAGAAAUCACCAUAAUUCUUCUGUGACCGACGUAGAAGGUAGAAAUUUUCGUUCGGAUCUACUGAAGUCUUUGAGCGUUGCUACCAAUGAGAUGAACGACCGAGGAACAUCCAUAAGUAACGUGUCCAGUACUUCUGGAAUGUUGGGCGGAAUUGAUCGGACGGGAUCAGUAACGUACUACGACGGCCAAAGAUUUCGUACUUCAUUCUCACCCAGAAAUAAACCCCGCACUAGUAUUAUUAGCACAGCUGGUUCUGGGGGCAGAGCUAACAAGAUUCCCAAACGCGUGUCUAUAUCAAAUGCUCACUGGACUUCGUCCAAAGAAUCUGACUAGUGGAAGAGAUCCAGAAUAAGGUGGUCGUCGAUUCGGUACUUGGACUAUGUAUGUAUGAUUAAAUCCACUCAAAUUAUGUGCUUAAAGUUACUUGUACACGUUAAUGUGACCCCGUAAACAGAUUAUUCCUUGGCACAGAAAAGCCUUUAGCACAUGCAUUUGAUAUACUUAACAUGACUGCAGAUUACAAAAUUGUUUGAUGAAUACCCCUACCGCACUUUGAUGAAAAAUCGCAAAUCAGAGAAUUGCGCAUG